AUGAAGCGGCAGAACGUGCGGACUCUCUCCCUCAUCCUUUGCAUGUUCACCUACCUGCUGGUGGGCGCCGCCGUCUUCGACGCGCUCGAGUCCGACUUCGAGACCUCCCGCAAGCGGCUGCUGAACUCCAAGCGCAUGGAACUGAAGAGCAAGUACGGCAUGAGUGAGGACGAUUACAAGGAACUGGAAUGGGUAGUUCUGCAAAGCGAGCCGCACCGCGCCGGACACCAGUGGAAAUUCGCUGGGUCCUUCUACUUUGCCAUCACCGUGAUCACCACCAUAGGUUAUGGUCACGCUGCUCCGGGUACUAACGCCGGCAAAGCCUUCUGUAUGUUCUACGCAGUGCUGGGGAUCCCGCUGACGCUGGUGAUGUUCCAGAGUUUGGGCGAGAGGAUGAACACCUUUGUUCACUACCUGCUGAAGAGGAUAAAGAGAUGCCUGGGAAUGAAGAACACAGAGGUAUCCAUGGAGAAUAUGGUGACGGUGGGCUUCUUCUCCUGCCUAGGAACGCUGUGCAUCGGAGCCGCAGCAUUUGCCCAUUUUGAGGGUUGGACCUUCUUCCACGCUUACUAUUACUGCUUCAUCACUCUCACCACCAUCGGUUUCGGAGACUUUGUGGCCCUGCAGAAUAACGAGGCGUUGCAGAAGAGACCCCCCUACGUGGCAUUCAGCUUCAUGUACAUCCUGGUGGGCCUGACAGUGAUCGGAGCCUUCCUCAACCUGGUGGUCCUACGCUUCCUCACCAUGAACUCCGAGGACGAGAAGAGGGACGCGGAGGAGCGUGCCAGCAACAAGGACCACUUGGCUAUGGCAGUCAGAGAGGACAGGAGCCCACAGGAUCCCGUUUCCGAAGUUGAGUCCCUCUGCUCCUGUAUGUGCUACCGGUCCCAGCGUGGCGACAGUCCCACCGGCUCCUUCAGGGCCCACUCCAACCCUGUCUACUUCAACUCUAUCUCCUACAAGGUGGACAAGGAGGUGUCGCAGAGCGCGGGCGACAGGGUUGUCCUCUCCUCCCCGGGCAGCCGCUGCUCGCUGGGGUUUCCUGCAUCUGUCCAGCCCCGGCGCAGCCGGCGGAGGUCGGUGUGAUCCCACUGCAUGCGCACCCUUGCCGGAGAUUGCUCA